AUGAUAUUGUCAAUUAAUGAAGUUGUUGAUUUAGUAAUUCUUGUCGUCUUUAACAAAGUAUAUUUGUUCGAAACAAAAUUUAAAUACAGUUAUGAAGACAAUUGCAGUUUAUAUAAUUUGAUUGACAACGGUCCAACGUAUGAUUUUCCAUUAUUUUUAAAAGUUGUCAAAGGAUUAAAUGGGGACAUUAACACAGUAUCAUUUCAAUCUCCAAUAUAUGGCACAUAUUUGCGUCAAAAAAAUUUUACUAUAUAUAUAGAGUACAAAUCACCAGGAACUUUUACCGAUGAUGCAUCAUUUAUUUUGCAAAAAAACAAGUAUUAUAAUGACUACACAGUAGUUCAACUCUAUAACUUUACAAGUAAUUUCAUCAUAAGUUGCGGAAGUCGUUUAUAUAUUGUUAAUGAAUCUAUGACGGAAGAGUAUAAAAGCCGUGCUAGCUUUAAAAUAUCAGAGAAUUAUAACAGUACCUGUUCUGAUGGUUGGAUACAAAACGGAACUUAUUGUUACCUUUUUUACCGUGCAAGUGAAACGGUACAAGGAAAAAAUUGGUAUAACUCUCAUUUGUCAUGUCAAAAUUAUGGAGGAAAUUUAUUAAGUAUAGCAGACGAAGCAGAAAAUGCAUUUAUUAUAGAGCAGCUUAAAAGAGAUGUAGGCAGGAGUUACUGGAUUGGUCUUAACAUUACAUCAACAACUUAUUUUGUAUGGUCUGAUUAUACAAUUUCACAAUUUUCUAAUUGGAAGCAAGGCGAACCUAACAAUGCAGAUAAUAAAAAUGAGGCUUGCGUGGAAGCAACAUUAGACGGUUGGAAUGACGAAACUUGUGAACAUGUGUUUAGAUAUAUAUGUAAAUAUGGAACAGGGGUUGGUAAUGGUAGUUGCAUUUAUGGUGGGCUACAAAAUAGAAACCACUGUUACAUAAUCUUUAACAAUGAUACACAAAAUUGGUAUAAUUCUCUUUUAUCAUGCCGUCGACUUGGAGAGUUGUUAAGUGUUACAGAUCAAGUAGAAAAAGUUUUUAUUGAUGAGCAACUUCUUUUAAUAGGAAAAACUAAUUUAGCAAAUAAUAUCACAGAUAUCAUGCACUACUGGAUAGGUCUUAAUAAUUACCCAACGAAGAAAAAUUUUACAUGGUCUGAUAAUACAACUUUAAUGUUUACUUAUUGGAAUUCUGCAGAGCCUAACAAUGGAAAUAAUAAUAAUGAGGCUUGCGUAGAAGCAACAUAUACUGGUUGGAACGACAUUACUUGUGAUACCGUAAUGAGUUUCAUUUGUAAAGCUAAAAUAGUGACAUGGUCAAAAUGGAGUGAAUGGUCAACCUAUGAUGAAUCUUGUAUCAAAACAAAAACACGCACUUGUAACAGCAAUCAAUGGUUAAGUUGCAGUGGACAAAACAUUAUGAUAUCAAACGAAAUUUUAUGUGAAGAAAUUAAUGAACUGGUUAUAGAGGAAGAGUUUAUGCUUGUAAAAAAUACCUUGAUAAUAACUUUGUCAUCAUUGGAAAAAACGUAUUCAGUUUCGUUCAUGAUAAAACCUAUGUCAUAUUCAGCUGUAUGGGCUAGUGUUGUUCACUUAACUAUAGACGAAGAUAGAGAUGAUUUUGGGCGAAGAAUUCCUGGAGUAUGGUUUGCACCUGAUAAAUUAGGGGCUUUGGCAAUAGUAUCUGCAAUUAAUGAUAAUUAUAAUUAUAAUUUCUAUUCUGAAAUACUACCAUUAAAUGAGUGGUCUAUUAUAGAAAUUUCUCAAAAUGAAACCAAUGGAGUAUAUACGUUUACGUGCUACAUAAAUGGCCAGCUUAUUCAUAGCGUUGAAAACAAAAGUCCAAAAUCUUUUAAAAAUGUAAAGGUUUAUGUAGCUGAUCCAUGGUACAAUGCUCAAGAUGGUUCAAUUAAAAAACUUAAAAUUAAAAAUGGUUUUUCUACAACAACUUCAAUUUUACUGUCUACAAUAACACCAACAACUUCGAUUGAAGUUAAACUCAAUACAUUGAUGCCAUCUCCAAGUUUAUUGAAUUCUUUUGUUUUUACACCAAUAUAUUCACCUACAGAAGAUUUUAGCAGCAUUAUUGCAGAAAAGAACUUUACAACUCCAACUUUGUUUUCCCCAAUAACAGCUCUAACUUCAAUUUUAUUUAAUUUGACCAGUUUGGAACUAUCUACAUUUCUACUAAAAUCUCUUGCUUUUACACCACUUUAUAGCAGCGUUGUUGUAGAAGAGUUUUCUGCCAUGAUGCCAUAUUUAUCAACAAGAACAACUGCAACUAUACCAUAUUAUAUCGCUAAUUCAAGACCAUCUUUUUCUUUAUUGAAUUCUGUUAGUAUUACAGCUUCAACAAAAGAAAAUUACAGCAGUAAUAUAUUUAAAGAAGGGUUUGAAUGGAGUGAGUGGAGUGAAUGCUCUGCAUCAUGUGGAAAAGGUUAUAAAACCAGUCAUACCUUGAGUCUGACAUUAAAUAUGUUUGAAUUAAUUGAAUCUUGUGUCGUAAGACAUUGUCCAGUGUAUGGAAAGUGGGGUGAAUGGAUGAGAUCAGCGUGUUCAAAAACUUGCAGUGGUGGUAUAGUAACAUUAUACAGAACAUGUGACAGUCCCAUUCCAGCUUAUUAUGGCCAAGAUUGUUUGGGUAUUAGCAAUUAUACUGAAGAUUGCUCCAAUAAUAUUAUUUGCCCCGUUAAUGGAGUUUGGUCAGAAUGGUCAGAGUGGUCAUUAUGUACUCAACCAUGUGGUGGUGGUGUAGUUACAAGAUCUCGUGAUUGUUCUAACCCGACUCCUAAGUAUGGUGGGAUGUCAUGCUAUGAAGACAGUAGUCAGGUCAAAGCUUGUCCAUUGAAAAGUUGCAAAAUAGUGGACUUAAACUUGGUUGUUUUUUUUAUUGAUGAACUUUUUGAUGAUAGCUAUUUUUAUUUGAAGUCGCGUCCUUCAUUAGACCUAAAGGAAAAAAUUAGAUCUUCGAUAGCAAAUCUUUACAAUACUUUCAAGACAAAUGCAACGUUUAGGAUUACAGUUUAUUCUAUAAAAAACGAGGAGCCUUAACUAAUUCAAUCGCUAUGUUCUUGCUGUUUAGUCUUGGUGCAAAUAAAAUAUUUAUUUAACUCAACUUUUCGAAAAACUCAUUAUGCAUAGUAGAUUAUACAUUUUAUAUUUAUUUUACUUACAGUUAAAUCUUUAAGAUUUAAGAUUAGCAGUUCUUAUUUAAUGCUCUACAAACUUUUUUCUCUGUGUGGUUUAUAAUAAAUUAAAUAAA